AUGGCUUCGGAAGGCGAGAUUGUUAGACCAAAGGUGGAAUUCGAAGCAGAAGGUGCUCUGAAUUCAAAGAUGAAGGGUUCUGGAAACAUAAGCAGUAAGGAUAUGAUAUUCAGAGCUGAUAAGAUUGAUCUCAAGAGUUUGGAUGCCCAGCUGGAGAAGCACUUGAGCAGGGUUUGGUCAAGGAGCACUGAGGCAAAACGGCCCAAAGAAGAUUGGGAGAUUGAUUUGGCCAAAUUGGAUAUACGAUAUGCUGUGGCUCAUGGAGCUUAUGGUACUGUAUACAGGGGAACUUAUGAUACCCAAGACGUUGCAGUGAAAGUAUUGGACUGGGGCGAGGAUGGUGUAGCUACUCCCGCUGAAGCUGCUGCUUUACGGGCAUCUUUUAGACAGGAAGUUGCUGUCUGGCACAAACUUGACCAUCCUAAUGUGACAAAAUUUGUUGGAGCUUCAAUGGGCACUUCAAAUCUUAAGAUUCCCUCCAGUAACUAUUCGAAUGGGGAAGAAGGGUCCCUUCCUUCCAGGGCCUGCUGUGUCAUUGUUGAGUUUAUCUCUGGUGGGACACUAAAGCAAUACUUGAUAAAAAAUAGGAGGAAGAAACUUGCUUACAAGAUUGUGAUUCAGCUGGCUUUGGACCUUGCAAGGGGUCUUAGUUAUCUACACUCGAAGAAGAUUGUUCACCGAGAUGUUAAAUCAGAGAAUAUGUUACUAAAUCCUAGUCGGAAUCUAAAAAUAGCAGAUUUUGGGGUUGCUCGAGUUGAGGCUAUGAAUCCAAGCGACAUGACAGGUGAAACUGGAACCCUUGGAUAUAUGGCCCCAGAGGUUCUGGAUGGGAAGCCUUACAACAGGAGAUGCGAUGUCUAUAGCUUUGGCAUCUGCUUGUGGGAAAUUUACUGCUGUGAUAUGCCUUAUCCAGAUCUAAGUUUUGCUGAUGUUUCAUGUGCGGUUGUUCGCCAUAAUUUACGACCAGAUAUUCCGAGGUGUUGUCCAAGCGCCUUAUCAAAUAUCAUGCGGAGAUGCUGGGAUGCGAAUCCAAACAAGCGCCCAGACAUGGAAGAGGUGGUGAGAAUGCUGGAAGCUCUUGAUACUAGCAAAGGUGGUGGAAUGAUACCAGAAGAUCAGAGUCCAGGGUGCUUCUGUUUUGCCCCAACCCGUGGCCCCUAA